GCAGCUCGUCAGCUCCCCGUUGUCCCCGCCUCUCAGCGUUUCGGGAGCCGGUUCGGUCCAGAGUCGCGCGCCUAGCGUUUGGGCAUGCCCCGUUACGAGCUGGCUUUAAUCCUGAAAGCCAUGAAGCGGGGAAAGACUUGGUCAACUAAUAUAUGGAAUUAAGAUUAAAGCUGGUGUACACUAAUGUGACAUGUUUUAGAAGAGUUAACCUGAACACUUUGAGGGAAAGAUUCUACCCUGCAGCAAAAAGUAGCCAGCCGGAGACCGCUGCUGCUUUGAAGCGGACGAUCGAAGCCCUGAUGGACAGAGGGGCGGUCGUGAGGAACUUGGAAAACCUGGGUGAACGAGCGCUUCCUUACAAGAUGUCCGCCCACAGUCAGCGGCACAACAGAGGAGGGUAUUUCUUGGUAGAUUUUUAUGCACCAACAACAACUGUUGAAAGCAUGAUGGAGUACUUGUCUCGAGACAUUGAUGUUAUUAGACCGAAUAUUAUAAAACACCCUCUGACCCAGGAAGUAAAGGAAUGUGAAGGAAUUGUCCCAAUCCCACUUGAAGAAAAACUAUAUUUCGCAAAGAAGAGGAAGUGAGAAGAUUCACCGGAUUUCAGACUUAUACUUAAUUCUCUCACUUUCAAGCACCAUGGAUUAAUAACUCACAAGUUUGACCUUUAUAUAAGAGUGUGUUGCGGGUGCCAGUGGAUUUCCUAAGGUAUUUUUAGCUCCUGGUCCCUUUGCUGUGAGAGGUGGGGGAGUGGCUUGCUGAGAGCCAUCCUAACCUGUGGUACCAGCACAUCGUUCUGUAUUUUGUCAUAUUAAUGUAGUUUCUUUGUCAAUGAGGUCUUGUUGCCCUAUAACAACACUAACACCGUUUUGAACAACAGAGCUUAUAAAAUGGCCCUGAAUUGUGAGCUAGUCACUCAGACUGUAUAACCAUGUGAAAUAAAAUAUCAUUCAUACUGUAAACCAUGCAGUAUUAUAUAACUUUCGAUCAGAGCAAUAAACAUGAUUUUAAAAAAC